CCCACACAUCGUCAUUCUCGGUUUGCAGUUUGACACACACAGACGGCCCCGACACGCCUCGACGCCGCCCGCCAUCGCAUCAAGCGCAACCAGACGUGUUCCGAGCCACGGGAGAAUUUUAGACACCACACUCAUUUACCCCGCCACCACCGCCCACGAUGCCUCCCAAGGGCAAGGGCGAGCAGCCCAAGGUGAAGAAAGUCGCCGUCGACAAAACUUUUGGCAUGAAAAACAAAAAAGGUGGAGCAGCCCAGAAGCAGAUUAAGCAAAUCAAGGCCACCGAAGCCUCGGGCGGCUCGCCUGCAGACAAGAAAAAGGCCGCCGAGAAGGAGCAGCGCGAAAAGGACAAGCUCGCCGCCGAGCAGGCCCGCAGGGAAGUCGCAGACCUCUUCAAGCCCGUCCAGGUCCAGAAGGUGCCCUUUGGCGUCGACCCCAAGACGAUCCUCUGCCAGUUUUUCAAAAAGGGCAACUGCGAAAAAGGGAAAAAAUGCAAGUUCAGCCACGACCUCAACGUCGAGCGCAAGACGGAGAAGAGGAGUCUGUACACGGACAACCGUGACAAGGAGGAGGAGGAAGAGGAGGAGCAGAAGAAGAAGGACAACAUCGACGACUGGGACGAGGAGAAGCUGCGACAGGUCGUCUUGAGCAAACACGGGAACCCCAAGACAACGACGGAUAAAGUGUGCAAGUACUUUAUCCAGGCCAUCGAGGACCAGAAGUAUGGUUGGUUCUGGGUGUGUCCGAAUGGAGGUGACAAGUGCAUGUACAAGCACUCCUUACCACCUGGCUUCGUAAUCAAAACCAAAGAACAACGCGCCGCCGAAAAAGCCCUCAUGGCAAACUCGCCCCUCAACACCCUCACCCUCGAAGACUUCCUCGAAUCAGAGCGCCACAAGCUAACCGGCACCCUAACCCCCGUCACCGUCGAAACCUUUGCGAAAUGGAAGAAGGAGCGCAUGGACAAGAAGCAAGCCGAGGAGGAGGCCAAGAAGAUGAAGGACGCAACCGGCAGAGCGCUCUUCGAAAAGGGCGACUGGCAAGUCGACAGCGACGCGGACAGCGACGACGAUGACGACGACGACGAGAUCUGGAACCUCGAGGCUAUGCGCAGAGAGACGGAGGCGGCCCGCGCGAGGAAGGAGGAGGAGAGGAUGGCCGCCAUGGGCAUUGUGUCUUGAACACGCUGAAUAUCCCACCCCCCGAGACUGGGCGAGCGAGGGGCGCGACAAAGGGGUUGAGGAGAGGAGGGGAGAUGGCUUGGACAGACAGUGCUUCCGCCCACACAAUGCUGCAAAAGCUUGUUGCAGCACCCCCUCCCCCCUCCAUCGCCGAGGAAAGCACGGCAGAGAUUGCAACACUGGUCAGCCCAUGCUCUGCUCUGCUCUGCUUGCAGUCGCAUUGCGUACGAUUCUACCAAUCUUUACGCGCCCUUGCUGCUUGUAGGAAUAGCGCUUGCUUCAUCCUCAUCGCAGGCUGCGUCUUCUGGUGUUUGGGCGCCAUGGACUUUAUUUUUGACUUGAGGAAUUCAUAGUACCAUCUAUCUGUCUAUCUAUUAGUUAGCAAGUUAGUAAGCCAACUAGCUGUCGCAAUAAGAAUUCAGACGAAGACUUUUCAGAUCC